GUGCUUUUACAUUGAUUUCCCUAUGUGAUUAUGUCAGUGCAUGAUGUAACAUUAUUAAGAUGUUUUAUACAAUAACUUACUCAGCACACAUGUAGUGGUGUCACUUUUAAUCAAUGUAUCCCUAUAUAUUUAAAAUUUGUGUAUGUAUUGUAGUAACUCUGACGAUUUUAAUAAAAAUAAUACUUUAACCAAAGGACAAAAUUACAGCUUAUUAGUCACACAUGACAGAAUUACUGAGGAAGUCCCCACAGACUCAUGAUGGACAACCCAAUUGUCUCACCCUAACCUCACAUUCAAGACCUACAUAAAUACAAUAUAAUAAUCAUAUACAUCAUAACUCUCGUAGACUCUCAUAAUACUGUGUAAAUGUUCAUAAUGCUACAGUAAAACAUGGUAGUUCUACCAUGUGAUUUUUCCAUACAACAAAUACUGUUUGCUCUACUUGCAAUUGAAGGUACGGUAUGUUAAAUGUCUAUUGUAAGCGGAGCUUGUGACGUCAUUCUGAACGAUGGCCCAACGAGCCAAUCAGCAUUCGUGCUGCUGCCACUGUUGCUGCGUAGUUUUCAGGAAAGGGGACGUGACUUGUCAGGAAGUCUUAGCAGAGCCGAGUGAUUGUGUCUUCGAAACUUCACAAAUAAUCCCCUCAAGAAACUCGAAACUGGGCAGCAUUAGGCGUUUUUUCCCUCACCAUUUUUUUAGAUGAGCGAUUUUAAUAACAGUUGUAGGAGAGCAGCUUCAACUCAGACGGGGCGUCAAAUGUACUAAACGAAACGGAAGUAACCUGCCAGCUGUCUGUCAGCUUGCUAGUGUCUGCAUGCCAUCUCUGUGGUGAUGGAGUGGAGCAGGCUUCUCUGUGGGAAAAUGAGGAGAUUCAACAGAAGGGCUCAACUCACGUCUUCUCCUUCAUCCUCUUUGGGCUUGGAGAUCCACUUCUACUUACAAGACGUGCAUCAGCUGGAGUUCUUCAAAGGUUGCUAUACUGCAGAGGAGCUUUGCGUGGAGGCUGCAAAGAAAUGCUCAAUUUCUCCUUUGUGCCAUAAUCUAUUUGCCCUCUACAAUGAGACGACAGGCGUGUGGUGCCCCCCUAACUAUGAGUUCAAGAUCACAGAUGAGACCAGUAUUAAGUUACACUAUCGUAUGAGGUUUUAUUUCCGAAAUUGGCAUGGCACCACUGAAGGUGAGUCUCCAGUUUGGAGACACUGCAUCAGUAAACUAAAAGGAAGCCUUAAGCAGCAAAAAACACCUGAAGGAACACCGCUUCUGGAUGCUGCAUCUCUUAACUACCUGUUUUACCAGGGACAACAUGAUUUUCAGACAGGUAUGGUGCCCCUGCGGGCAUGUCAGUCAGAGUCAGAUCAGCAUGAGACAGAAAACGAGUGUUUGGGAAUGGCUGUGCUAGCCAUCACACACCAUGCAAUGAGCAACGAUAUGCCCCUGUCCAUGGCUUCACAAGAAACCAACUACAAAAGUUUCAUCCCAGAGGCGCUGAACAGUAAUAUAAAGCAGCGCAACAUACUGACCCGCAUCCGCAUCAACAACGUCUUCAAGAAAUUCCUCAAUGAAUUCAACAACCGAACAGUCAAGGGCAGCAACAUCAAACUUUACGAUCUGAAGAUCAAGUACCUGGCAACUCUGGAGGGGUUGACCAGUGGCCUGGGUAGUGAGCUAGUGGAGCCCGUUUGUCUCAGUGUCACAAGGGAAGUGGAUGUCGCCAAUGGAAGUAAUUUCGCAUACUACAACCAGAUGCAAGGACAGAGCCCAAAUCAGAGCAUGGAUACAUGGUGUGACAUUCAAGUCAGAGUGACUGGUACAACAGGCAUUUCCUGGAGGAAAAAGCCUUUCACAACGCCAGUGAUUUCCAAAGACAAGGGCAAGUCAAAGAAGAACAAGCUGGACAGAAAACUGUUAAAAAAAGAGGCUGAUGAAGGCUGGGAAAGGUUCUGUGACUUUCACGAGAUCAUGCACGCAGCCAUCAAAGAGGAAAUAGUCACAAUUCACAGACAGGAUCACAAGAAAAUGGAGUUGAAGAUGAAAUCUCGGACUGAGGCGCUUUCUUUUGCCGCUCUUGUGGAUGGAUACUUCAGGCUGACAGUGGAUGCUCACCACUACCUGUGCAAAGAAGUCGCUCCAUCUUCAGUGGUCCACAACAUCAACUAUGGCUGUCACGGUCCUAUCUGUACGGAGUAUGCCAUGCAAAAGCUGCGUCAGGAGGGUAAUGAGGAAGGCAUGUACAUUCUCCGCUGGAGCUGCACUGAGUACCAGUACAUCAUCAUCACUGUGGUCUGCAAUGAGAUUGACCUCAAGGAAUCCCGUCCUGUGCGACAGUAUAAAAACUUCCAAAUUGAAGUGAGUCCAGAUGAGUUUCGACUGCACGGCACAGAAAUUGUCAGACCCACUCUCAGGGAGCUCUUGGAGUACCUGGAGGGCCAGAGCCUUCGCUCUGAUAAUCUUCAGUUCCAUCUGCUCCGCUGCUGCCCUCCUCAACCUCGAGAGAUUUCUAACCUGCUGGUGGUCACUAACGAUAGAGCACCUGUCCCUCAGACACCCAUGCAGGACAGUCAGGUCAUUAUCCAUCGCAUUCACAAGGAGGAAAUUGAACAGGAGGAGCACCUCGGACUCGGAACAAGAACUAACAUCUUCUCUGGCACGCUGAGGGUGAAAAGCGAUGACGAUGCCGGUUAUGGUUCCUUCCAAGAGUUUAAGGUGGUGCUUAAAGUGCUUGGUUCAGGGCACAGAGACAUUUCUCUGGCCUUUUUUGAAACAGCAAGUAUGAUGCGACAAGUCUCCCAUAAGCACAUAGUGCUCCUGUAUGGAGUGUGUGUCCGCCAUCUAGAGAAUAUCAUUGUGGAAGAGUAUGUCGAACAAGGACCGCUGGAUCUGUUUAUGAGGAGACAGAAAUGUCAACUCAGUACCUCUUGGAAGUUCCAGGUGGCAAAGCAGCUGGCUUCAGCUCUUAGCUACUUGGAGGACAAAAAGUUGAUCCAUGGUUUCGUGUGUGCUAAGAACAUCCUGCUGGCGAGAGAUGGACUGGAUGCAGAUGAAGGAGGGCCCUUCAUCAAGCUCAGUGACCCAGGAAUACCAAUCACAGUACUCACGAGAGAGGAGUGUGUGCAUCGCAUCCCCUGGAUUGCUCCGGAGUGUGUGAAGAGUGUGUCUUCCCUGAGUGUUGCAGCUGACAAGUGGGGCUUUGGGACCACUCUGUGGGAGAUCUGUUAUGAUGGAGAGGUCCCCCUCAUGGAAAAGAAGCUCACAGAGAAGGAGAGGUUUUAUGAAACUGAGUGCCAGCUGGCUACCCCGGACUACAGAGAGUUGGCUGAACUGAUGAUCCACUGCAUGAACUAUGACCCAAAGAAGAGACCUUUUUUCAGGGCUAUUGUCAGAGACAUUGACAAAUUGGAGGAAAAAAACCCAGCUAUCAGACCACAGCCAACACCUGAAGUGGACCCGACUGUGUUUGAAAAGCGAUUCCUGAAACAUUUCAGAGAUCUGGGACAGGGCCACUUUGGGAAGGUGGAGCUGUGUCGCUACGAUCCCCGGGGAGAUCGAACAGGUGAAUUAGUGGCGGUCAAGUCACUAAAGCCAGAGAACGGACAGGAGAAGGGCAGCAACCUCUCUAGUGAAAUUGAUAUACUGAAGGCACUCUACCAUGAAAAUAUUGUCAAGUACAAGGGCAUCUGCCUGGAAGAAGGUGGUCAGGCUACUAAGCUGAUCAUGGAGUACCUCCCUCUGGGUAGUUUGAAGGAUUACCUGCAUGCCAACAAAAGCAAGACCAGUCUCAGCACCCUGCUCAGCUAUUCCACACAAAUAUGUCGGGGAAUGGAUUAUCUGGGAUCUCGGAAUUACAUCCACCGCGACCUGGCUGCCCGAAACGUGCUGGUGGAGAACGAGAGCACGGUGAAGAUCGGAGACUUCGGUCUGACCAAAAGCAUCAAGGACAAUGAAGUCUAUUACACCGUCAAGGAUGACCACUUCAGUCCUGUUUUCUGGUAUGCGCCGGAGUGCCUGACUCUCUGCAAGUUCUACCUUGCCUCGGAUGUCUGGUCUUUCGGGGUGACCAUGUACGAGCUUAUCACCUACUGUGAUCCAUGCAAGACCCCGAUGCAGCUCUUCUCCAGCAUCAUUGGUCACACCCAGGGUCAGAUGACCAUCAUUCGAUUGGUCAACGCUUUGGCAGAGGGCAAGAGGUUACCACGCCCUGAUGGCUGUCCUGAACCUUUGUACGACCUGAUGCGCAAAUGUUGGGAGCAAGCCCACGAGAAGAGAAUCACCUUCAAGCAGCUCAUUGACGAACUGACCACCAUGCAGCAGCAGCACAGCCCUCCAAACGACCUUUGAACUGUGACGUGGAGCACACGCAUCAGCAUCUUCAUCAUCAUCAUCAUCAUACUGGGACACUCGGCCACGCUACUAACCAUUACUGGCUUCAAGCUGACAUUUAACUUUUACUAUUAGGGGAUGCUUUAUAAUGCGGCUUGCCCUUUGCCCAUAUGAUAAUCAAUGCUGUUCAAUAAUCUAUAUCAUGUUAUUUUAUAUGACGCAAACGAGGCCAUCUUACCAGUGGGGGAUUUUUAAAUGUUAUUUUUUUUAAAUCAGUGUCGGUCUUUUCUCUCCAGCCAUGGAAUGAUGAUAUGUGACACUUUUAUCAUGGGAGUUUGAUCCAUUAUCAGGUUUGCGAUGAAGUGGUAAGUGAUUCUCCAUAAGGUGACAAGAUGGCAAUUAUGGCAUUUUUUUAAUUUUUAUUUUUUUUUAACCAUUGAUGUUGCAGGACUGAAAAAAAAACUGAUGAGCUCCACCUUUCUGUUCACUUAUGCGGCAUUUCAAGCUCUCAGUUGACAUGUAUUUUAUGCACUUAUGUUACAUUAAUACUUGUAUUAUUACCAUUUUAUUACGCUGUAUGCUAGAGAAAAGCUCUGAGGAGGCAACCCCCCUCCCUCGCAGCCCCUCCCCCAAUGUGACAAAAACACAAACUUCAGUCUACAUUUUAAUUAGGAAUGUAAAAGACAAUUCCUUCAACUUAAAAAAAAAAAAACAGAUAAAUGUAUCCAUAGUUAUACAAUGGAAAAAUAAAUAAAACCCAAAUCAUU